CAGCUGAGGGGACUGCGUGGUCGGUAAAUGCUACAGAUCGGGGUAUUGAUCAGCAGAAAAGAGGUGAACGGUGAGCGCGCGACGGCGACUGUCGUGAAUAAAGCGGGAUGUGUGAGGCUGGCGAGGGCAGAGACACGGGGCCAGCGCAGUCGCAGAGCCUGCAGCUAGGCUGGGCUGGGUGGAGGAGCGGUGGGUAGCAGGCGUGGGCGGGUAAUCAGGUAAGCGGGCCGGAGCCGACAGAGGGAACACGGAAUGGGGCUUACGAGAGACAGCCGCUGAGGCCGGGGCGGGACGUGUGUGAGUGUGUGAAAUCAUUCAGGCCAGCCGCUCUUCAUCAGGCCUCUUGCGCUCCUCGCUGGGCGAAUGGCUUCCCUCCUACCUCCCCCCAACCGCCACCGCGCAUCCUCAACUAAUGUCCGUCCGCCGUUGACACUCAGUUCCUUGGGUUCCCGCCGCAGGUCCAACUCGCUCCUCGACUUGCCCCCGCACACCCCCGUCCACGCUACCCCGCUCACUCCCCCCGCGGAGGUGGACACCCCGCGGCCCAUGGUCACUCUCCCAGUGUCUCCGGCGAAGGAGGUCCAGGACAGCCCCUUCGAGAGCUUCGUGUCGAGAUGUCUGCAGCUCCUCCAUCUCACCCACGAUGACACAGACCUCUCAGCCCCGUCCUCGCCGCGCCACAGUCGCGCGAGCACGGACUCGACCAUCCUCCCUAUGUCUGCAUCGCCGACAAAGGAGACCUUCGCUGAAGCCUUCCCAGACGACCCAACGUUCCAGUCGCGGAAAUGGUUCCUGCGAGGCCCGCCUUCAGUGCAUACACCCGUCCUCUUCGUGCUCAUGCUGUUCCCGCUAUCAGCUGCGCUGGUUGUGUUCUGCAUGUCUACACUGCCAAUAACUAUGCAGUGGCCGCGCAACCUCACCGAUUUAGCCGAGCUCGGCCGGGAGCUCCAAGGGUACACGCAGAGCGAGCCGGCAGCCAUGGUACACGUCUUGGCUGUGAUCUCUAUUACUGCAGUAUGGAAGCAUGCGUGGUCAAUACCAGGCAGUGUGAUCUGGAACGUCCUCGCAGGCGCUUUGAUUUCCCCAGCCUACGCUACCAUCUUGUUCACGAUGCUCACCACCAUUGGCUCAAUCUGCGCGAGCCUUCUCGCGGCGCCUCUAGCGCCCGUCCUCUCCCAGGUGUUCCCUCGCGCUCUGGACAUGACGCGCUCUGUACUCGAAGGUGACUCCAGUUCAAGCGACUCGGCGAGCACCAAGCACAGCCAAGCUUGGGUGCGGCUGUCUAUCCUCCGACUGGUCGGAGUUGUGCCCUGGGCUGGCAUUAACAUCGCGUGCGGUGUAUGCGGCGUAGCGAUCUGGGAUUGCUUCCUCGGAUCGUUCCUUGGCUCAUUACCGUGGACCGCGGUCACCUGUCAGAUAGGCGAUAUUCUGCAAACGGUCGCGUCGAAUCCAUCACCAACGCAGCAGAGCGUGAGGGACCUCCUUACGUCUCCUCAAAUUAUUUUCAAGCUCGUCUUCCUCUCCGUCCUUUCGCUCGCACCCAUCCUUGGCCGCAAUCGGCUACGAGAGUGGAUCGCAACGUCAGUGACGUCGUCACCGUCGGCACUUCGCGGCGCCGACCAACGAGAGGAGCGGACGUCUCGGUGGGCGUGGGUACGAGACUGGCAGAGCAAAAUCCGCGUGCCUUCCCGGUCCAGGACACGCGAGGUGUUCCGGAAAGAGCUCGAAGCACUCGUCCAGGAGAAGAACGCGAGCCUGCCGCUAUAAUGGCUGGCCUGCUCGCCCCCGCACGUACACGCCGCUCUACCACUUCACAGGAAUGACGUCCUC